AUGGACCACCGCCAUCACCACCCGCUCGGUGGCCCUCCCGGUCCUCCAACAAGCCUUCCUCCUCGCGCUCCUCAAGGCCAUCAUGACGACCGCGAUCGCUCUAUUUCCUCAGGUCCUCCAAAACGAUCGAGAAUGGACACACGUACUCCUCCAAAUGGCGACAUCUACUCCCAUUCACACCUUCAACAGCAACAACACAUGCACGCUGGUAUUCCGAGGCAGUAUAAGGAGGUUUCAAGGUCGCCAGAGAUGGAGAGAAUGAACGGGCCUGGUGUAUACAGAAAUGCUCCUCCUCCUCCUCCUCCUCCCCCGCCGGGUCACCCAUCUCAUUCAUCUCAGCAGCAACGUCACGAAUCGAACAUCAACGCCAGAAACGCAUCAACGAGUAUCUUCUGUUCACAGCUCGCCGCGUAUUUUCCGAGCACCCCCUCCUCCUCCACCACUUCCUCCGCAAGAAUCAAUGAUGCAACAAUCACUUCAGCAGCAACACGUUCAGCAGCAGCAUCAUCGCGGUAUGCUGCCGCCGAAUUCGCCCCAUCACGUUCUAGCGCCUCCGCCGCAACAGCCGCAACAGCGACCGCCUCCUCCCAAUCACCACCACCCCCAGGUCCGCCGCCGUUCGUCCAGGCACCGUCUGACGGUAAUGAUAGGGACAAGCAGGUUAAUAGCAGCUCUGCAAGCCCGAGCACCGGAAACGCUCCUUUGCCAAGUUUUGCAGGCCCAAAAUCGAAUCGCGCCACACCACACGAGCAUGUCUACCGUGCGCAUCAACAAUUGCAAUACCACUCACUCGGUCAUAAUCGCGACCGAGAGCAGCAGCAAAUUGACAUCAUGGGCUCCCAGGGACCACCACCACCACAGCGACAAAUGUCGCAACCCGUGACAAAUAGUCAGAGUAUAUCCAGCGUGCUCCACGAUGAACCACCACCACCACAAAGACCACAAUUGACGAGCUCGGACUCUUACCAGGAGAGAAUGAGGAAAUACGAUUGGCAGCAAAUGGAAGAGCGCCAGAGGGAAGAGGAGAUGAGACUACGGGAGCACAGGGAGCGUGAACAGAGGGAGCGCGAGCAUAGAGAACGGGAGAGAGACCGAGAGCAUAGGGACAGGGAAGCUAAGGAAAAUAGAGACAGAGCAAGGAUAAGGGAGAGGACAGAACGAGUUCCCAUUGGGCAGCAGCAACAAAUGUUUGGCCGGGAGCAUAGGCAUGAACAUCAACACCAACACCAGCCGCCUCAAACUUCUAGCUCGCAUUUGUCGUACCCCAUGACACCUACUUCAAGAAUGAUGGCUGGUCAGGAUGCUAUACCCGGCCCUCCGCCAGUUUCAGCAAUUUCUACUUCCUCGACCAUGGCAAUGCCGCAGACUUCAACUUCCGGAACAGGUGGGCUAGGGGCAACCCCGGCUCCACUGCCGACGGCUACAACAACGGGACGGGAAGGGUUCCAGCCAUUUACGGCAUAUACUACUCCAAUGCCCCCAAGUCCAUUUGCCAUCACCAAUCUUCCUGUGUUACCCCCUGUGGUAGAAGGGGGCCGAGAUAGUAGGCGGCAAGGGUUUCCUGUAGGAGGUCCGUCUUUUGGAAGGGAUGAGCCAGCAAGAGCAGAGGACGCUUUGAGGGGAGGUCUGAGCAGGCAAUCCAGCGGACUAGCAGCAGAUGAGGACAGAAGACGGAGAGAGAAAGAUAGGGACAACUUAAUGAGAGAAAGAGAUGGGCCUCAAAGGAUGAAUGGGCCCAGUCUCGGUGACCAGGCGCAACAAAAGAGAGUGGGUAUGGGAAUCCAGAAUAUGGAAAUUGUCAGCAUGACACAAAAAUGGAGCGAAGAUUUCCAAAAAGGAUUAAUGGAGAACAAUAGAGAGAGAGAGAGAGAAGAAGCUGGGAAGAUUAGUCUAGGGCUGGGCAAGCGGGAGAGGGAGAGAGACGAAGAGGAAGCCGCCAAAGAGAAGAAGAAGAAACAUCAUCAUCACCAUAAUCAUAAUCAUCAUUCACAUGUGCAUGCUGGUAUGGUUCAUCAUCAUCACAAAGCGGAAGAAGAAGUAGGUGCUCCUAAUCUCGAAGUACCGGUUUCAAGGGCUGGCGCACGCUCGAAAUCACCAAACAGCCUCGCACACAUGCAUCACCCUCACAUGCACCACCCCCACCAUAAUACACCUAUAAUCCACCACCAUCACAAUGCAUCCGCUUCCGCAAGUGCUGCUGCACCUCAACCAAAAGUCAAAACUAGCCUUCUCAUAGAUUCAACUAAGGUUACGGCCUCCUUAUCAAAGCCUCGCAAUUUCCUCGGUUCGGUAAUAUACCACCCAACUGCAACCCCUAAGCAGGGCUACUCUGUCACGCACACAUUGUUGCCAAGAUUCGAAGGAAAGGAGAACAGUAUUUUCCAAGUCCGAAUCCCACGGCGAUACUUGAGUGAACAACAGAGAAAGGAGGUUCAUAGACGCAGAUGCGUCUGGGGGACGGAAGUUUAUACCGAUGACUCAGAUGUUAUGGCUGCCUUGAUCCAUCUUGGAAAGAUUCCAGGUGUGAUGCCACCGGAUGUGGACCCUGCAUGGGUAGCGGAAUAUGGUGCUAGAAAGAUCACUACAAACGGUCAAACUAGCGCAUCUCCACGGUCUCCUCUUGUUCCUUCUCCAACAAAAAAGAAGGUUAACGGAGCUGGCGGUAAGGCUGAGAAGCAACAAAUGCAAGAUAUCCCGGUGAUUCCAGCCGGAAAGGAUCUCAUUGUUAACCUCUUGAUCCUCCCUACACUGGAAAGAUAUACAGGUUCUACCUGUAACGGACUUAAGUCCCGUAGCUGGGGUACUAUUCAUGAUGGCAUGAGUUACUCCGUAUGGGAUAUUGAAUGGGUUGAAGCGGGCGAGGCGGAAGCUCGGGGAGGCGGAAGCAAGAAACGGCGACUCGACGAAAGAGAUUUCGUUCGGCGAUGGGGUGAAUUGCCCCUGAGUCGCGGCGGUAUGGGGAACAACGGGUGGAGUAAAAAUAGAUGGAGCGUUAGUGGAGAUGGUAGGGGAGGAGGUAGUAAAGGCAAGGUAGCAGAAGUCGGAGCAUAA